GCUGCUGCGGGCAGCCCGGAGAUCUCCUGGGCGCUCCCGGACACGAGCCGCAUUAACCACGAUGAUCCGACAAGCAAGGUGGGAGAAGUACUUCUGUAUUACUGUUAUUGUGAGGUGAAGGAUCCAGAGAAACUCUGUGCUUGGCAAAAGGCUCUGUGCCAGCAUCUGCAUCUCACUGGCAAGGUACGAGUUGCUUCAGAAGGGAUUAAUGGGACAGUUGGUGGAAGUAAAGUAGCUACCAGUCUGUACAUUGAAGUUAUGCUUUCCCAGCCUCUGUUCAAAAACAUUUUGUGUCAAGAGGAUUUCAAGAGCAGUGCAGGAGGAGCUCACUGUUUCCCAGACCUUCGAGUUGGAGUAUUUAAAGAAAUUGUACCUAUGGGCAUUGAUCCAAAGAUAGUGUCUUAUAAAGAAACUGGAAUCCAUUUAUCCCCUCAGGAAUUUCAUAGAGAAGUAGAACAAUAUUUGUCUCAGGCCAGUCAAGGACAAAGCGAUACCAUCUUGCUGGAUUGUAGGAACUUCUAUGAAAGUAAAAUAGGACAGUUCCAGGGCUGUCUGGCUCCAGAUAUCAGGAAGUUCAGCUAUUUUCCCAUCUACAUAGAUGAAAACCUGGAGCUUUUCAAAGACAAGCGUGUCCUGAUGUACUGCACAGGAGGGAUUCGUUGUGAAAGAGGCUCUGCUUACCUAAGGAGCAAGGCAGUGUGCAGAGAGGUUUACCAGCUAAAAGGUGGAAUUCACAAGUACCUGGAAGAGUUUCCAGAUGGAUUCUACAGGGGGAAGCUGUUUGUAUUUGAUGAUCGUUACGCCAUUUGUUCCAAUGAAGAUAUCAUCUCAGCAUGCAGAUACUGUGGGGCGCUGUGGGACCAGUAUAAACUUUGUUCGAGCCAGCACUGCCGGCAGCUUGUCCUGACAUGUCCAAGUUGUUGCAACAAAGGUCUUACAGCUUGCUGUCCUGUUUGUCAAGAGAAGGAGCUCAAGGUGACUUCAAGGGCUUCAGGACAGACACUUAAGGAGGAAUGUGAAUGCACAAGGAGACGUCCAAGGGUACCUAUCGAACGGGUCUCACAAAGGAUGCUGGACACAGGAAAAGAUUAAGCUGUUUCAUUGGCUGAUCUGACGCGUGCUGAUGUGAAGGGCUUCUAUAACCAGAUCCCUAUCUGUUAAUCAGUUAGGUUUGGGAAUCAUGAAAAUGUGUUGGCUUGGAAAGUCUUGUUCAUAUGCUGCCUUUAAACCUAGAGUAUGCCCUGAAAACCAUCCAUUACUUGCCUGUAUAUUACCAGAGUGCCCAACGCGCCACCAGCACUGCAGGAUUCCUCUCCCUGGGGACAGCCUUGUAGUGUGGCCUUUACCAUGGGGAUUUUGGAGCAGAGUAUCUGCAGUGUGACAGAGCUGCUCACAAUUCAAAAGAAACUUAAGGGACAUAAGAACAAUUCUGUUCUUUUCUUCCUGCAUGGAUAUCAAUCUGUCUGACCUCUCCAGUGAUCAUGCAUUUGCUCCAACAGCUGGUAUUAGGGUGUGCAAACAGCAGAUUUGGUGUGGGUAUAUACCUAGAUUACAGCUGAAGAUAUUUUCCAUGUGCAUGCCACCUCCUGCAUCUCUUACUUUAGACCAGUGAGAAGCAAGGGGUAGUUACCUGAAGUCGCUGACUUAACUCUUGUGUAAAACUGGCUGAAGGCAGCAUAACUCCUUCAGCCAGUCCUCCUCUUGUAACUGGAGCAAAGGCCCGGAGAUAGUCUGCCCAGCAAUACUUGUGUGAUCUGUAGGAUGAACAGCAAAAGCCAUCCUCAUUCCAAUGCUCAGUCUCCCUGGGAACUGUUGUUUCCUUCAACUUGUCAGUAUAUGAAAUAUUCAGGGCUCGGCUCUGCUUGCACUGAAAAAAACCUGACAGCUUGAAGCACUUUGAAACAAGCACACAAAAAGGGAAGCACAGAGACUGUCAAAAUACUGGCAUUAUGGCACUGAAAGUGAUGCAUGUGGGCAUGAAUGUCAGCAACAGCUAUAAGGAGGUUGCAGGAUCCCUUAUCCAGGUUAAAUAAUUCAAGAUCUGGGGAGCAUUUGUGUUUUUUAAACAUGGGCUGAGUUUUUUAAAAGCUGCAAGAUAUUUAUGCAAUUUCCAGCACCUGUUAGUGGAGAAAUUGUCUUUGAAUUUGAAAGAACCUACAGCAAAUGAGCUCAAAAUACUUUCCCACAUGCUGCUUUGUGUGCCUGAUGCUGUACAAUGUACAGAAAGGAUUUAUUAAUAGUGUAGAUGUGUCUUGACUGAAAAA